GCCGCCGCCGCCGCCGCCGCCGCCGCCGCCGCCGCCGCCGCCGCGAGAGCCACCGCGGGAAAGCCGGGCAGUGAGGAGCCCAGAGGAGCUGGUUGCGCUGCCGAGCGCUGACAGCCCUCCCUCCUCUUUGAGGUCCUGACUGCGGGGGCGCCCCCUCUUCAGACGAAGAGAGAGGGUCCCAGCGGCCCCUCCUCAGGUUCCCCUGCAGGCCCAGUAUGGCCCACUGAGGUGAACCAUGACUGGCUGGCCAACACUCACCACUGACCACCCAGAGACGCAUCUCACCAGGAGGUGACCCCUCCUGCACCUGCCCCCCCCACUCGCCCACCCCUCACAGGAAAGUGCCCGCGCUGCCACGGACACCAUGUAGUAGGGCCGGCUGCGGCGCCCAGUGAGCUGCGAUGGUUUUGUACACGGCUCCCUUUCCCAAUAGCUGUCUGUCCGCCCUGCACGCCGUGUCCUGGGCUCUCCUCUUCCCAUGCUACUGGCUGGCGGACCGGCUCGUGGCCUCCUUCAUACCCACUACCUAUGAGAAGCGCCAGCGGGCGGACGACCCGUGCUACCUCCAGCUGCUCUGCACCGUGCUCUUCACGCCCAUCUACCUGGCCCUUCUGGUUGCCUCGCUGCCCUUCGCCUUUGUUGGGUUCCUCCUCUGGUCCCCACUGCAGUCUGCCCGCCGACCCUACAUCUACUCCCGGCUGGAGGACCAGGGCUCGGCUAGUGGGGCGGCGCUGCUCAGUGAAUGGAAGGGUACAGGCCCUGGCAAAAGCUUCUGCUUCGCCACUGCCAACCUCUGCCUGCUCCCUGACUCGCUGGCCAGGCUCAACAACGUUUUUAACACCCAAGCGCGGGCCAGAGAGAUCGGACAGAGAAUCCGAAACGGGGCCAGUCGGCCCCAGAUAAAAAUCUACAUCGACUCGCCCACCAACACCUCCAUCAGCGCGGCCAGCUUCAGCAGCCUGGUGUCACCACAGGGCAGUGAUGGCGUGGCCCGGGCCGUCCCUGGGAGCAUUAAGAGGACGGCCUCUGUGGAAUACAAGGGGGACGGCGGGCGUCACCCCAGUGAAGAGGCUGCCAACGGCCCGGCCUCCGGGGACCUGGCCGAGGGGGUUGGCCUUGAGGACGCCUGCAUUGUGCGCAUCGGAGGCGAAGAGGGGGGCCGGCCCCCCGAAGCUGAUGACCCUGCCGCUGCCGGGGGCCAGACCAGGAACGGGGCUGGCGGGAGCCCACAGGGCCAGACGCCCAACCACAGCCAGCGGGACGGGGACUCGGGGAGCCUGGGCAGCCCCUCGGCCUCCAGGGAGUCCCUGGUGAAGACGCGGGCCGCGGCGGACGGCGGUGGCAGCGGGGAGCCUGGCGCCACCAACAGCAAGUUCCCCUACAAGGCCUCCGGGGUGAAGAAGGCGGCCGCGCGCAGGAGGCGGCACCCGGACGAGGCCUUUGACCACGAGGUCUCCGCUUUCUUCCCCGCCAACCUGGACUUCCUGUGCCUGCAGGAGGUGUUUGACAAGCGGGCAGCCGCCAAGUUGAAAGACCAGCUGCACGGCUACUUCGAGUACAUUCUGUACGACGUCGGGGUGUACGGCUGCCAAGGCUGCUGCAGCUUCAAGUUUCUCAACAGUGGCCUCUUCUUCGCCAGCCGCUACCCAAUCAUGGACGUGGCCUAUCACUGUUACCCCAACGGGCGGCGCUCCGACGGCCUGGCCUCCAAAGGAGCGCUGUUUCUCAAGGUGCAGGUGGGAAGCACACCUCAGGACCAAAGAAUUGUCGGGUACAUCUCCUGCACACACCUGCAUGCCCUGCCAGAAGACAGUGCCAUCCGGUGUGAGCAGCUGGACCUGCUUCAGGACUGGCUGGCUGAUUUCCGAAAAUCUACCUCCUCGUCCAGCACAGCCAACCCCGAGGAGCUGGUGGCGUUUGAUGUCAUCUGCGGAGAUCUUAACUUUGACAACUGCUCCUCAGACGACAAGCUGGAGCAGCAGCACUCCCUGUUUACACAUUACAAGGACCCCUGCCGCCUGGGGCCCGGAGAGGAGAAGUCUUGGGCCAUCGGUACCCUGCUGGACACAGACAACCUCUACGACGAGGAAGUGUGCACCCCUGACAAUCUGCAGAAGGUCUUGGAGAGCGAGGAAGGCCGCAGGGAGUACCUGGCCUUCCCCACCAGCAAGAGCCCUGGGGCAGGCCAGAAGGGACGCAAGGACCUGCUGAAAGGCAACGGCAGGCGCAUCGACUACAUACUGUACGCGGAGGAGGGGCUGUGGCCGGACUGGAAGGCCGAGGUGGAAGAGUUCAGUUUUAUCACCCAGCUGUCUGGCCUGACCGACCACCUUCCAGUGGCCAUGCGGCUGAUGGUGUCUGCAGGGGAGGAGGAGGCAUAGACCAGCCACGUCAUUCCAAGCAGGGGGCCCUCUGCCAGCCCUCUGAGCCGCAGCACCUCUCUGGCCAUGUCCCCUCCAGCGAGCACCCCUGGUGCCCGGGGAGGAGGGCAGGGACCCGGGGGGGAGCCUCGGUCAGUCCCAGGUGAGCUGGAACCAGCGCUGCCCUGCACCUCUGGGCACUCACCGUGGACAGAGGAGUCAGGACGGCCUUGGGAGCCGCAGCUGCCCAACAGUGCCAUUCUUUCAAAACGUGAUUUUCUACAAAUCUACAGCACAACCUAGUUUGUAACCCGGGGGUUAGUAUGAGAACCGGGUUUCUGUACUCUUUGUAUCUCUUCUCAAGCUUCGUCCAGGGUUCAUUAUUUUCGUCUGCUGCCAUGUUGUCUCGCAUGCCUGCACCCUCGCAUGCACGCUGCCCGCAUGUCACGUGCCACACCGUAGCCACACAGACCCCUCACUUGGGCCUCACCCAAGGCCAAACUCCAAACACAAUCAGAACCAGCCAAAGAAGCAUUCCUGGGCACAGAGCCGCCCGUUCCCACCUCCAGCCCCGACGGCUAGCGAGCAGGGACCGUGAGGGCUGUGUCCAGAUACCAGCAAGCCCGGGCUCUUCCCAGGGUCUUGCAUUCAAGGGCGAUCACAUUUUAAAAAGAAAAACAGAAAAAGUUACCACCCUUCACUUUAGAGGGUCUGCCAACCAUGAGGGAGAACGCUGUUCAGGCUCCCCUCUCCCAGCGAACCAGGGCCCCAGAGAUUCCCCCAAGAGACUUCAAAGUGGGCAAAGGGAAUCUGAGGAGAGAGCAUCACUUUUUCACAGGAAGAAGGGGAACUCAUGGCAUAAAGGGGCGGGGGGGCUUCAGGUUUUCCAAAUGAUUUAUAGCUUCUCUUCUGUCAAAACCAACGCAUCCUCUUCCACCUGAUUCCAUUUCGCUUCUGGACACCUCUCUGGUUUGGGACCAAGCUUUCCCUGGCUGAGCUCAGGAACUGUCUGCCUGCCUCUGGGUGAGGCUAUAGCUCGGUCCUCCCCCGAUCCUGAAAUGCAGCCCAGGGGCCCUGGAUGAAGGGGCAGGAAGCCAAGGUGCAGAUCGGCCUGUCCCCUCACCCUCACCAGUGUGGAGGACGGGGGUGAAGGCCAGGGGCCACUGCUUGCCUGGGGCAGCCAGUGGUACUGGCUGGCAGCCAGGCCCAUAGACGCCCACUCUGCCACCAUGUGACCAGGGCCAAAACUAGCUACCUGGGCAGUACACAGCGGAGCCUACAGGUGAGGUCCACAGCUCCCCACUCCACGGCAGCACUGCUCUGUCCACCUUUUUAAACACAUCCGGGGAUGCUCCCCCUCACUAGUCAUGCAACGGAGGGUUUUGUUUCCCAGUGCAAGGACCCUCCAACUUGGAAGACUGUCCUUGACAACCCCCACUGGUCUCCCCUCCUUGUGGCGCCCUGACCUUGUGCCCACCUGGUUCAGGCCAGCUCAGCUGGGCAGUGUACCAGGACCCUCCUGCCAGAGGCAUCCUGGUGCCGGUUUGCUGACACUGUGCCUUGUCACUCACUUGAGCUGCAAGAAGGGGCCCAGCAGCCAGCCAGAGGCAGGCCCAGUGCUGGGGGAGGACACUCCUGAGAACCAGAUACACGGGAGCCUUGGUUUGUCCAGGGCAGUGUCUGGGUUGAGGGCUUCACUGGCCAAGCCCCCAGCCCCACCCUGCAUCCAGAGCCAGGACGAGCUGCUUACCAUUGAGCACACAAUCCCACUUGGGCUCUCUGCUGUGCCUCUCCACCAAGGGCCUGGCCUUCAGGGCUUUGGCUAGGCUUUGUGGGGUCAGAGGAGCAGCCAGGAAUCUGCUCACAGGCAGGGCCCAACUGAACACACUCGAUGCCUGGAGGGCUGGGACUGAGCCAAGGCCCCCAGGCUUCAAGUAAGCUAUGUCCAGGAGAACAGCGGAGACAGAGGCCAGGGUUCCUGAAGCAGAGCAACUCCAGCACAGCCUGCAACCCACCAAGGAGCCACCUCCCUCCCAGGGCAGCGCUAUGGGAGCCACGGCACAGGGGGCGCAUGCUUCUCUCCCUACUCACAGGGUGGCCUUAGGCAAGUCAUACCUCCCUGUGCCUCGGUCCUAACAAGGUCGCCUCUGCCCAGCCUGGCUCUGGCAACUGAGCCAGGCCAGCCUGCAUCCCAGCUCCCCUCGCACUUCCCUCUGGCGCAGCCUCAGCACUGAGGCCAUCACUGCCCAACCAUACGUUUCAAGGCUGUGGACUCCUAGGACCAUGCACAAGCCAGACUUUUACAUUUUGAUUUUUAAAAAAGAAAGAAAACACUACCAGGAUCUCAGAUUCUAUGGCAUCUAGGCCUAGGAGGGGUGGACACAGGGGUCAUGCAAAUCCCCACCUGAGGCCCCACACCUGCCCCAGGCCCAGCUUCCUCCAGAGGAGCCAGGAGGCAGGGGUCAGCUUCGGAAGGAAACGGUCAUUUCCAUUUGUCCAAACCACCUUGAGUUUUAAGUAUGGAUAUUAACCUUGAUGCUUUUUAACUAUUGUAUUAACUUGCUGAGAUUUAGAAAUACUGUUUUAAAAAAGAAAAAAAAACAAUUUUUUAAUUUCUGUAUUUUUUUCUGUAUUGUAUCCUCAUGGGACAUUAGGGGUUUUAUAUGGUUAAGCACAUCUAAGGUUUUGGUAAAAAUAUUAUCAAAUAUAUAUCCAGACGAUUCUUCCCUAGAAGAAAAACAAUCUUUACACCUGAUAAAAUAUUUUGAAAAGAGAGGUGUUUUUUCCCUUUAUUGGUGCUGAACAGAAGGAUGGAUAACAAGAAAAUAAAACUGUGAGGCUCAA